AUGGCGCAGCGUGGUUAUCGAUCAAGGCAAAUUGAGAAGGUUGUGUCUCUUGAAAAGAAAAUCGAACAACUAGAGACAAAGGUUCAGGCCUUAGGCCUCGCGGCGAUCUCAUUUUAUAACAAGCUUUUGUUGUCUAAACACUUGUUCCGUGAUCGUAGCCUCGUGGACCAACUCUACGACCUCAUAUUAACCAUUUUCAACCUGGUUGAGGACCCUGACGGACUACCUUCCUUGCAAAAAGACAAAUCGACAGGCAACUCCACAACUGAACACUCAUUCAGUUCCCCUAGACUACAAACUUCUACUUCCUCACCAGAGACCCAAGGUUUUACCGACGAUAAGUCGAUUGAACCAGUGAUGGAUAUUGCACCACGACAAAUCCUAAGUCCAAGCAUCCCUGGACAAAUCAACCCGCUGGAGUUAUCAAAGGGACCUGUCAUCCCUUUGCCUCUUUUCAUCGAGCAACUGCAUAUAACCGUGAUUUAUCAGGGAUACCUUACAUUAAGUAACCCAGCCAUCGAAUUGGAUCAUACCAAUCAUCACUUCCGUUUCCUCCUGCAGAUUGUGACUCAAGACCGCUUAGCUGCGUUUUUUGAAUCAGCCUUGCAUGCAAGAAUGAGCAAGAGACAACUUGGAGGAUUCGAAGAUGUACCCUUUUUUAGCCUUGGCGGAGCAGGCACCCAUCGGGCCAAAGAUACGCUUGAGAACCAAGAAAUGGCGAUUUACGUCAGCGAGUAUCAUGAACCAUGUAAAAUAAUCAAAAACCCGCUGGCGUGUUUUUCCUCACAUACUGGCAUUGAAAAGGAGUUUGAAGGAGAAUGGUUUGAUAUGCAGGACUUGGAAGAGUUUCUUCGCUCCAAAGGUGUGAAGACGAUUAGAUGCCCCGCUGCAUCGAAUCGAGAGUCACUUACGAAAGGGGCUAUCAGCGUUGCAAGUUUAACAAAACCCCGACUGACUGUCCUAGAACUCGUUUCCAACUCUGUUUGCCUUGGACGAAGUCCUGGGUUCAGGCGAUGCGAUGUGGAGCAAGCAUUUCAACCCCUUCAAUUUCUGUAG